AAUAAUCACAUCUUAAGACCUGGAGUUCAGUUGAUAUUGGUAAUACUGUAAAGAAUUUUCAAGAAAAAAUGAAUAUCAUUAUCAUCGGACUUUUUGCCCUUAUCGGAAUGGUUUACUCCAGCCCAUUUUCCGAAGGUGAUUACUUUAUGUUACAAGUACAACAACUUCAACAUCGUAAGGAAGCUAUGCGAUUGGCUGAAGAGAGAAAACUGAAAGAAAUGUGUUUCAAAACAACUAAAAGUUACGAAGCUUAUCAUGAUUUAAAGAUUGCCGAUGAUGAAUUGGAAGUUUGUGUUAAAUUAACAAUGAACGAAGUUCUUUUAGAUUACACGAGAAAACUGGUAAAUAACGAUGACUUUUAUUAUUCCCGACCUUCGAGAUCAAUUCAAGUAGUUGAUAUCAUCAAAGGAACGUGUAACAGAAAAUCGGACUUAAUGGAUUGUGCGAAGAAAUACGAAGUAGUACUUGACAAAUGUCUUGACGAUAAAAAGAAAAAGGAAGUCGCUAAAGCCCAACAAAGCGCUAAGAGUUUGACCGAAUAUAUUUGUUAUAAUGACGCAGAAAGAAUUCAAAGUUUUAUGAACAACGGAGGAAUGCAGUGCUUAAAAGAUAACGUUAACGGAAUCCAACAAUGUACAGAAAAUGUAAUCAGCAGUAUAAACACGCUUCUAAGCGCUACAUCCAUUGACAAUUUAGAAAUUGACGAAGAAGAACGCUGCAAGACUUUACGCAAAUUCCUGAACUGUCUGAUAGAAAAAAUGAAAUCUUGCAGUAACAAAAAGCCGGCCAAUAUAAUUCAAGAAUUUGUCGAUCAUAUUUUAGCAACUGAAUGUGCUACAACUACAAACGCGGUGAUUGUACAUUAAGAUUAACAUUGCGUAAACUUUUUAAAUUCCACCUAUGCAACGUUUAUUGUAUAAGAUUUGGUAAUAAAAGAUGUAAUAAGAAA